AUGGCGGGUGCAUCGCAGAGCAGUGAGGUGCAACACAGUUACCAGCGGCGGUCGCGCAUUCCGCGACCUCCAAACGCCUUCAUGCUGUCCGCACAUGGAAAGAGGCGAUCGGUGGCCGCUGAGAACCCGAACGAAAACAACCAGCGUGUGAGCAGCCGCCUGGGCAAGCUGUGGCGUUCUCUCAGCGCCGCCGACAAGCAGCCUUACCAGCGCGUGGCGGCCGCAGCUGCCGCUGUCCACCAAAGGAAGUACCCGGGCUACAUGAACAAUCAACGUGAGGCCCAGCGGUGCAAGGGGCAGGAGCGCAUGACUAAGGGGCAGCAGCCGAGCAUUUCCAUGGCCGCGGCUGAGGAUCGAGACUCGCCGGAGUUCCAGCAGCAACAGCAUCCGCCUCCGCCGCCUCAAAGAAACGAACGGCGGGCAACCAGUGCUGCCCGGGGCAGUGAUUCGUGCGCUCCUAAGGGAAUGACGCUGCCUAGGCCGUCGGCCACUUCCGCGGCCGCGGCGUCGGCUCGAUCGGGUGAUCGACCCUACAACGUGCCCUGGUUCCCCGGUCAUCUACCACCGUCAGUGG